UACCAACCUCACGUCUCAAAGUUUGAAUUGAAAUCUCUUGUUGAUGACGACGUUUUGUUUUGUUUGCACCUGUUCACCUGUCCAUAGUAUGAAGUUGUGAUGUAUUUUGGACUUGCUAAUAUAAACAAAUAGUUGAAAAACAAAAUAUUAUAAAUAUUUUUAAUUGAAAUAUCUUUCAGAAUGUUUAUUUAUAUGAGCAAGAAGAUUGCCAUACCCAAGCAAUCUAAUGUAACCUGCAUAUCAUGGAACCAUUCAUCCGGUUACAUUGCUGUUGGUGGAGAAGAUGGCAUGUUAAAAGUCCUCAAAUUGGAAUCUGGAGGUGGAGGGAAUCUAUCAAUGAAUCUAAGCUUAGAAGGACACACAGGACAAGUGUGUGUUGCUAUAUGGAAUGAAGUAUUUCAAAAAUUAACCACUAGUGAUGAACAUGGAGUUAUUAUUGUCUGGAUGCUAUAUAAGGGAUCUUGGUAUGAAGAGAUGAUAAAUAACAGAAACAAAUCAACUGUGAGGAGUAUGGCUUGGGGUUCUGAUGGACAAAAAAUAUGCAUAGCUUAUGAGGAUGGGGCUGUUAUCGUUGGUUCAGUGGAUGGUUCGCGGGUUUGGGGUAAGGACAUCAAAGGGCCAGGAUUAGCUGCAGUACAGUGGUCACCUGAUAAUUCACAGUUGCUGUUUGCUCUGACCAAUGGAGAACUGCACAUUUAUGACGACCAAGGAAAUUUUACAAUGCCAGUAGCCAUAAAUGGCGUGUCGGGAUCUAUGGACAUAGUCACGAUGGAUUGGUAUUCCGGUAGCGCUCCAGCUAAUCGACCAGUGCUGGCCAUAUCGUACAAGAGUGGUAUAAUAUUAUUAAUGAAGAAUUGUAAUGAGGAAGAUAGCGUGGUGGUAGAAUCAAACAUGUCAAUAAUAGAUUGCCACUGGAACCAUAACGGCACCAUUCUUGCUGCUGCCGGCUUUACUUCGGACAAGACGAAUGUGGUGCAAUUCUUUAGUGCAUACGGAGAGAAAUAUCCUAUACUUAUUUUUAGCUAAAUCGGUGAAUAUGCCAGUGGUUUACGUGACUAUCAACAGCAAGGCGAUCGUUGUGGCUGCUUCGAAGGAAUCAUUCCUUAUAUGGAAGUUCUCUACACCGACCAGACCUCGUGCCACGGAACAGUUGUACCAGGCGGACGGGUCGCCCGUGUCGAGUAGCGACACCGGUUUCCAGGACGACACAAUUUGCUGCAUCGCAAGCUCAGACACACAUCUUUUGAUCGGAAGAGAUUCUGGCUCUAUUUUGCUGUUUUCUCUAGUCAAUUUUAAGAAAAUCACUUCGAUAAACAUGAAUUCCCGCCCCUAUAGGUUGGGGCUCAACUCUAAUUCUAGCAAGUUUUACGUGAUUGACCAGCCUGGCUCGCUGUACUUGCUGGAGACAGACAUGGCCAACAACAUAAGUAUAGGCCAAGCGUUGCGCAAGGACGUGUGGAGUGCACUAUGGGCCACUGACAACCCGCAGAUGUUGGCCGUGGCUGAGAAAGCGAGGCUCUACGUCAUGAGGGACACUGAACCAGAGGAACCUCUCACUAUGCAGGGAUACUUGUGCAAGUUUAAGGAAUUGGAAAUUACGUCAGCACUUUUGGACAAUGUGGACGAUAAAUGUACACCUCAACAUAUUGUGAAGGUGGAAGUUAAGUCUCUGAGAGAUACGCGACAGCUUAUUGAAAAAGUGGGGCUCAAGGAAGCAGAGAACUUUAUUAAAGAUAACCCACACCCCCAACUGUGGUCUAGUGCACUGGAGUAUUACACCAUGUCAAACAAUACUGAAGGUCUGAAGAAAUGUUAUAUGGCACUUGAGGAUAACGAGUCUCUGUCUAAAUUAUUUACCACGUCACCGAGAAAGUUAGCUAAUUUGGAGGCUUCGAAGAAGGCAUCACCUUUGAAGAUUAAGAAGCUUUAUGUUCUAGCUGGUCAUUUGUACAGCCAAAGCUCAGUCGACGGCAGUCGCGGCCGCGAGGCGGCGCGGUGCUGGCGCGGGGCGCGCGCGGCGCACUGGGCGGCGGCGGGCGCGGCGCGGGCGCGGGCGCGGCCCGUCCGCCCCGAGCCGGCCGCGCGCGCCGCCGCGCGACUCAUGCAACAUCACACGGCGCUGCAUCCCGCCAUGCACACACAGGUCGAAUGCUAUGUCGUCUGGUGUACGAUAGCAUCAAUAGCGAUUCAAACCCGAGCAUUCGAGCUAUGUUCGAAGGCUUUAAUUAAACUAGAAGCUCAAGAUCCUGAAACAUUUGAAAAUUUGGCUAUAGAAAUAUUUACAAGAUACAAGCCCAAAAACACAAAGGGAAACAAAAUUGAAUGUCCGAAUUGCGAUUGCAGCAUGCCUGAAUGGUCGGCGUCGUGUCCGCGCUGCAGCAGCGAGUUCCCCGAGUGCGCGGUGUCGGGGCGCGGGCUGGGCGCCGGCCAGGCCGUGUGGACCUGCGCCAUCUGCGCCGCGCAUGCGCAGCACCACGAGCUAGUGCUGCGACACUCCUGCCCCAUGUGCCAUGCCCAACUCACGUAGACCACUCAUACUUGGAAUCCAUUUUUGGCAAUAAUAAGAAGACAAAUCUCUACUCCAUAGUACUAAUAUUGUUUGUUUUUUAGUUCCUACCAGCAUAAGUUUUACAAGAUGUGUUAUUUUGUUGCUCUAACUCAUCAUCAUAAUGACCGAACAAUCUUUCUAUCUGACUAGGAACUGCUAGCAAUUAGAACUUUCGAAGUGAGCUGGAUCGAUCGAUUAUCGAUUCUCGCACGUCAUUGGUCGAGAUUAUAGGCACGCAUAUGGCGGACUGCGAUCGAGGUCACAUCGAUAUUCGAAUUGGAAGUUACAGAAUAACCUAGCUAAUGUCGAACACUGUCAGGCCUUAAAUCAAUAGUUUUAAAUUAAAUGUGAAUUAAACUUUCUAAGGCGAGGUACUUCGGCGACUAUCCAGUUUGAGAUUCCGAAAUCAGGCACGGUUAUGAGUCGCAAUCUACACUAGUUCGGCAAGUACUGAUAAUUAUGAUAUUCUAUUAUAGUAAGAAUAAACUUAAAAUAGAUAAGAAUCCCUAUGAAAGCAACUACCCACUGGUAGAACGUGUUUAUUGUUAACCGAUUCGUUGCGACGCCCAUUUUGGUGCACUUUUAUGCGUGGCGACGAACAAAUAUUUCGUGACACGACAGUCGUGUCAAGCGCCAGAUCAGUUGAUGACACGCCUAUUGUGGCAUCAGCCAUGUACAGAAAAAAAUGCUCUUUUUUUGUUUACC